AUGAUCCCUCGAAACAAAGUGCGGCGUUUUGUGGGUGUGCAUGGACCUGAGAGGCAGUGGCAGCAGCAGCAGCUCACCUCAGGGAACACUCGGCUGGAGUCGGGAGCCAAAAUGGGUGUUGACAUUGAGAGGUUGAGCUGUGUGCACUGGGCUGAGAAGGGGCCAGGAGGCAGGGAUCACAGAGGUAGCUCCCUCUUGUUUGGAGCCGUGCCCAGGCCUUGUGUUGUUGGGAGAGGGCGAGGGGGGGUUCUGUCAGCCUGUGAUGGAGGUGCUCUGUCUUGA